CAGCUAUUUUUAUUAUUUUUUUUUUUUCUCCCCUCCCUUCCCCCCACCCCGCCACUCCUCCCCCUCGCAACACCCACCGCCGGCAGCGGGGAGGUAAGAGGAGGAGGAAGCGGCAGGGUCUGGGCUGCCAGCAGCGGGAGGACAAAACCCCCAUGAAAUAAAUACAAUCCCACAUCCAGCUGGGAGGAUGGGACGGGAGCGGCAGCGCUCCGCCGGCCCUCAAUGGGGGUUUCAUUGAGCGGAUAUUUGGGCUGUCCUGCGGAGCGGUCGCACCGAGCUCGCCGCUCUCUGUAGGUGCCUCUUUGCGGCUUCGCAUUUUUAACGGUUUCGUGUAUUUCGGGAGCAGGGAAGCGCACAAUGCUGGAAAGGAGCAGGGGGCGGGGCGGGGGCGAGCAGCUGAGCCGCGUUUCGGUGCAUUUCAUCAGAGCGCUUUGCACGGAUUUGUUGUGUUUUUUUAUUCCUCCCCCUUUUGCUCUCCGUCAGCUGUUCGCAACCCAGCACAGCGUUUUCCCUUCGCUGGGUCGGGACUAAGAACUCAUUUCGGUAUCAAUGCUCGAUGCAGAGGAGCAUGGGGCUGCGGGUGAGCGGCCGCGGGUAGCGCGGGGGCACCGAGGUAAGGGCGCUGUUCCCCGGGGCGAAACGUGCGGCUCUCGUGUUAAACUGCAAAGAGGGAGAAAAACUUCCUGUAGCGAGUCAGGCUUUGUUGGGCUGUGUUAAUGCGUUUGGUGUGCGUCCGUCUUUGCUGCUGUUGGAUUCCCCUGAUGGGGUUGCACGGCUCGGGGAGCCUCUGCUUUGCAUCCUUUUCUCCCCACUACGCUGGAAAUGACAAAAGGAGUAAACUUCCUUUGCUCGUGGUCGCGUAUCAGGAGGGCUUUCUGCAGGGAGGCGUGCAUCUGCCCGCGGCUGUGCAGCUGUGAGCGCUGGAGGCGGUCGGGCAGAGCGCGGAGCUCCGUGCAGGACCGGAGGUGUGCGUGCACCCCGGAGCGGCUCAUGGCCGCUGCCCUGCGGCGUCCGAAAAGGUGCGUUGCAUUCCUCCUUAACUUGUAAAGGCUCCUGGUUUGUUUGUUUUUCUUUGUUUUUUGGGUUUUUUUGUUGCUUUUUUUUUUUGUUUUGUUUUUUUUGCUAUCUGUGAUGGGACUUUUUUUUAAUUUUCUUUUUUUUAUUAUUUUUUUUCCCCCACUACAUAAUCGGAAAUUACAGGCGUCUUUCUUCGUGUUUUAAUUGUGUUCGUUUCUUUAUUUCCAUUUUUUUUUGCUUUAGUUUCAGGUUCUGGGCACAUCUUUCCUCUCCUUGGUGGAACUACCGUAAAAUUCGCCUCUAACAAGAGCCCCCAGCCCGGGAAUCGACACGGAGAGCCCCGCCAUGCCGGGAAUGAUCAGCAAGAACCCAGAUCUCGAGUUCGACUCCUUACAGCCUUGUUUCUACCCGGACGAAGAUGAUUUCUAUUUAUGCGGGCCGGACUCGGCCCCUCCCGGGGAGGACAUCUGGAAGAAGUUCGAGCUGCUGCCCACCCCUCCGCUUUCCCCCAGCCGGGCCGGGCUGCAGGAGCACCCCCCGGGAGGGGCUCCAUUGCCGUGGGGAGGGGCGGCCCUGGGGAGCUGCCGUCCCGCAGAUCCCCUGGACUGGGCGUCCGAGUUGCUCCUCCUGCCCCCCGAGGCCGAGCUGUGGGGCGGCGCGGACGGCGCGGAUUUCUUCGAGACCGGCCUCGGGGCGAGCAACAACCUCAACUCCAUCAUCAUCCAGGACUGCAUGUGGAGCGGCUUCUCGGCCCGCGAGAAGCUGGAGCGGGUGGUGAGCGAGAAGCUGCAGGGCAAGCCGCCCGCCGCCGCCCCGCCGCCUCCGCCCCCCGUUGUACCCACCGCCGCUGUCGCCGCCGCGAACAGCCCCAGCGCCGGUCCCGGCCGCGCGGAGCUGGGCGGCUCCGUGCCCGAGUGCGUGGACCCGGCCGUGGUCUUCCCCUUCCCCGUCAACAAGCGGGAAGCGGCGGUGCCGAGCGGCGGUGAGACCCUGCGUGGCGGCCGCCCGCCGCGUCCCGCCGGGGACAGCCGGGCCAGCAGCAGCAGCUCCGGGGACGACACGCUCAGCGACUCGGAUGAUGAAGACGAGGAAGAAGAGGAUGAUGAAGAAGAAAUAGAUGUUGUGACAGUGGAGAAAAGACGCUCCUCCUCCAACAAGGCUGUUACCACCCUCACUAUUACAGUGCGUCCUAAAAAUACCACUUUUCCAUCAGUCAGGACACAGCAGAAUGAACUGAUUUUAAAGCGUUGUGCACCAAUUCACCAGCAGCAUAAUUAUGCCGCUCCUUCUCCAUAUAUGGAGAGUGAAGAUGCACCACCACAGAAAAAGUUAAAAGCCGAGGUGCCCCGUCCAGUAAAACCCAUGAUCCAACCAAAGUCUAAGAGUUCAAGUCCUCGAAACUCUGAUUCGGAGGAUAGUGAACGUCGACGUAACCAUAAUAUCUUGGAGCGUCAGAGGCGUAAUGAUCUACGGUCCAGUUUCCUCACGUUAAGGGACCACGUUCCAGAACUUGUUAAAAAUGAGAAAGCUGCAAAAGUUGUGAUUUUGAAAAAAGCCACUGAAUAUGUCCAUUCCCUUCAGGCAGAGGAACAGAAGUUGUUGCUAGAAAAGGAGAAAUUGCAAGCCAGGCAACAACAGUUGCUAAAGAAAAUAGAGUACAAGCGGACUUGCUAAACUUUUUUCUUUCUCUUUCUCUCUUUUUUUUUCUUUUUUUUUUUUUUUUUUUUUGGCUGACCAGGACAGUCAUUGCCACUUUGCACAUUUUUGAUUCUUUAAAAAAAAAUUGUGUUUUUUGACGUUAAGAAUGUUGGUUUUACUUUCAAUUCAGUCCCUGAAGUAAUUGACAAACUUUAUUAUCCGGGUACGGAGCAAAUGGAUGUUCUUGCAAGAAGUUUAUUGCAAGACUACCAAACAACAAUGGACUGCCUUUGUUUUUCUUCUUAAGAACUGUAGAUGGUGGAUUUUUAAAAUUUUUUUUAAUUGUUGUGAGCAUUUGGAGCUGCUGAUGACAUCUAGUUGAGUUAAAAACAUUCAUUCCUAAUUUUUAUGGUGCUUAUGUUCUAACAGAUGUUACUUUAGGGGGUUGGCAUUUGUACCCCUCUGGGAAUUUUCUGUAAAUACCAUCUACACACUUGCCUUUUGUACAUGUCUUGGGUUAUGAGAGGUGGCUUUUGCUGCCAGUAUUAGACUGGAAGUUCAUACCUAAGUACUGUAAUACCUCAAUGUUUGAGGAGCAUGUUUUUGUAUACAAAUAUAUUGUUAAUCUCUGUUAUGUACUGUACUAAUUCUUACAUUGCCUGUAUACUUUAGUAUGACGCUGAUACAUAACUAAAUUUGAUACUUAUAUUUUCGUAUGAAAAUGAGUUGUGAAAGUUUUGAGUAGAUAUUACUUUAUCACUUUUUUGAACUAAGAAACUUUUGUAAAGAAAUUUACUAUAUAUGCCUUUUCCUAGCCUGUUUCUUCCAGUUAAUGUAUUUGUUAAUGUUUGGUGCAUAGAACUGGGUAACUGCAAAGUUCUGUGUUUAAUUUCUUCCAACGGUGUACAUUUAGUGCUGCGUCUUAUAGCACUUUGAAAUACCUCAUGUUUAUGAAAAUAAAUAGCAAUUACAUGAUGUGCCAUUUACUAUUUUUUCUUUUAAAUGAAAUUCCUUGAAAUAAAGUCUUUAACUUUGCAAUGUUUAUGAAAUAAAAAACGUAGUCCCAUAUGUAGAGAUUUGAACUCUAAAGGUAUAGGUGAUGUUUUACAAAAAGCCACUCAGAACAUUACUAUUUCUGGUAAAAAAAAAGUAAUUGCAAGAACAAUUUUCCUGUUCUUUCACAAUUGGUAUGUCUCUUGUGAUGUCAGAGUCUUUGCAGGGGAUCGGCCGUAUCGGUUAAUGGAGAGACUUCAAUGUCUUGUGAAGGCUUCUGGAACAUGGACUACAUAGUGAAGUGUGAGAGGGGCUAACAGACUUCAAUUAAUGUUAUUUCUUGUCUAGCCACAGAUCCUCUUUUUUUAGUACUCUGCUAGGUGACUAAAAGUUGACAAUCCUACUGAAAAUGAAGUGUGGAGAGCUGUGAAGCCUGUGUCAUAUGGCACAUAGUUUGGAAAGAAAUUGGUGGGUGGUCAUCAAGUGAUGUGGUGGUGUUUUGUAUGACGGAAGCAAGAGUUGACUGAGAUAACACGAGUCAUAUUUUGGCAGUUGUUUGAGAUUAAGGCCCUAUUUUAUUUUUUAGACAGUACAGAUGCUUCUGAUGUUCUCUUUCUCCAUGCCAAACUUGAAAAAUAAGGUAUAGAUUGGUGAACAAAGGAUGAAUUGAAAGAAGCUAAUCUAGGACAUGUGAUUCUUAUUUAAUCAUGAUGUACAGGGUUUGGUGACUGAGCUACAGAUCAUCUCAUUUGCCAUGAAGUAAGACAAGUACAAGAGCAAAGUCACCACAAUAACGUGUGCCAUAUGUCCGUGCCCUACAGUAACUUGGUGUAUCAUAGCCUGUGUAUUUGGCUCCCAGUCCCAAAAACAAAGAGUUAAUCCUAGGUUUCAUUGCAGCAAAUCUUUAUCUUCAACUGGCACAAAUUGGUGUAGUGCUGCUUGGAUUCAGCAAGGCCUACGUGACUUUUAUAAAUUUCACCUGAAUAUGUACAUUUAAUAUGUAUCUUCUCCAAAUCAGACUUGAGAGCUCCAACAGUUCCACAAACAACCUUUAUUUCUUUCCAUUUUUGGUGGACAUCUGGUUCACAUCCUCCGCUCAAAGCAAGAACAAACUACGUGAGAAAAAAGGUUGCUCAGGGUCAAACAGCCAAGUUCUGAAUGUCUUAAAAGGAUGGAGAUUGAACAGCCAGACGACACUUCCAAUUUUUGACUGCCGCGACAAUCAAGUUUUCCUGAUGCUCCUUCGGAAUUUUCUUUGCUGUAACUUAAGUCCAUUGCCUCCUGUCUUUUGUGUUUAACCUCAGAGAAGAGUCUGACUCCGCCUCUGCAACCCUCCAUUAGGUAGCUGAAGACAACAAUUACUUCUCCUUUCUCGAGGACGAACCCAGUUCUGCCCCGUAUUGUUGUGUUAGUGGAGCACUUGGAGUAUAAUAAAGGUGUCAAAUACUUAGCUUUGUUUGGAAAUCGAGCACAAAUUCCCAUUUUGAAAUCCUUUUUCAAUGUGCAAUCCUUUUGAAUUCAGUGAUAAGCGUCCAACUGUUGUCAAUGGAGAUAGGAUCUGCCCCAUCCACUACAGGGUACUGUGAUGUUUUCUGCUGUUGGGUGAGUUUAUCUUUUCUUCCUCCCACUCUCCCAAAUUCUGGGGGUUAAUAGGUUUGCUUUCACAUUGUUGAUGCAGGAAGCAAUUUGUUAAUGGUAAAUGCUUUUGUAAACAAAUUCAGGUGUAGGAUGUUAUUAAACUGCAAUUGUUAAAUAGGUGAUAGUGGUUUUAGAUUCAUAAGAAAAAAAAGGUGUCAGAAAGAUAGCUUUUGAAAAGAACAGAGAAACAGUAGAUUUAAUAAUUUUUUCAGUACUUGAAGGAGUACAUAGAGAAGUACAUUGACACAUAGCAACAACCAGAACAAAAGAUCCUGCUCCAAGCAUAGCUAGAAUUAAAAAUUAUUAAUGACUACGUCAUGUAAUGAAUGGAGAAACUAUUCAGUCUGUUGUUUUGUCUGUUUUCAGUAUACAUACCUUGCAUAAAAAUCUAGAAACGUGGAGAAGCUGUUAGAAAACUUGACAAGUACCUAAUAACUGGUUAUUAAAAGAGGGUAUUGCCUAUUCCUGAAGGGAAAACUGAAUUAGAAUAAUCACAAUCUUAUCUGAUUAGCCAUAAAAAUUCCCAAGUUACUUUUCAUACAAGAUUGAAUCUGCUGAUAGAAUCAGAUGUAUCCCUCCCAAAUCACAUAUCACAGAGGACAAUCUCGUCUCGCUUUUAUCUUUAUUUUCUUAAAAGUACCACUAAAAGUACAAGGGACUUCAAGCACCAAAAUGAAAUGAUUCCCCCAUAAACCAGUGUAAGUAAAAUACCAGCGGGAGAGCAUAAAAAGGUGAAAUGUGUUAAUGAUGUCAUUACCACCAGGUCACUUGUUACCAUGAGUGUGAAACAAAGUGCAUUUCUCAAACCCCAAGCUGCUGUUAUAGCAACUUAUCACCAACUCUUGGCAGAACUGCUUGAGUUUUCAUGAUGUGUAAGAUUUGCAGAAGUUACAUUAGCUCCCGGUAAAUAUGCUGAUAAACCAAGCUAGAAUAAAAUGACUUUAAAUGGAUCCUGUUCUUAAGCCUGAGUUUCCUGACUUGUGACUGUUUUAAAUCAGAUUAAUUUUAUUUAAAGGUUUAAGUUUAGUAUAAUGAAUUUAACUACUUUUUAAUGUACCAUACUAUUUAUCACACUCUUGGCAAAUGCUUCAUGAUUUAUAACUGAGCUCCCUUCUUCUCCAUGUCUCUACUUCCACUUUUUUUUCCCCUUCACCUUUCUACUAGAAACUGGAAUUUUCUCUCACAAGCCCAAAGCCAUCAAACUCAAAGAGGAUUUGAGGUUCACCCCUGUAAAAUAAGCAGGGAUUUCAGUAGAAGCAUGGGAUACACAAAACUUCCAGAAAGCUCACUGCAAAAACAAUAGCCAUGCUAAUUGUAGGACCAGCACAGCAGUGUUUGCUGGAGUACCAAUGAACAAAGCACUAGAUCGCCUCAGCAGCUUGCCUGAAUUCAGAGCCCUUGAGCCCAGACAAUCUUUCUCUUCUGCUGGGCUACCUUUUCCAUUCUGCCACUACAAGCUGUUUUUUGCUGCCUGUCUGCUUGUGCUGAGCCUCCAAGGAGGCGUGGCCAUAGCAAAAUGGGUAUUUUGCUGUUAGGAUGCAUGAGGUGGGAAUUUCCCCUAUCUGCAAAUCUGUAAUUCUCGUCCAGCUUUGUGCCUCUUCUUUCAAUGAGCAUGUAUUUUAGCAACAAGUGACUCGAAUAUAGUGUGCAACAAGUUACUCUUCAUCUGUGAACUUGGAAGAUCCCUUUUAUGUGUGCUUUAGGUAUAGACUAACAUAUAUGUUGCGUGCAUCCAAGGAAUUCCCUAUGUCAGUUAUAAACCC